UGGCGGCCACCGUGCGGUAAUACCGAACUAUCUCAAUCUGUCGUGUUUAUUCGUUCUUGUCGGGCGAAGAGGCGAAUGAUUUCUCCUUCUUUUACCGUCACUGCCCCAGGAAAGAUAAUCCUUCACGGAGAACAUGCAGUUGUCUAUGGAAAGAAAGCCGUUGCAGCAGCUAUCGAUUUGAGGACAACACUCAAAUUGGAAGCAACCAACGCCGGUCAGUUUACGCUGAAAUUGCUAAACUUUGGGACAACGUGCAGGUGGAAAGGAGAGGAGCUACAACAAGAUGUGGAAAAACUUGGUAGAGAUGGAUCAUGUUGGCCACAGGAUGGAAGAAAGCUGUUCAAAAGGUCUUUUGACCUCUCUGAGGUCAAAGAAGUGGAUGAGAGAGUCAUUAACGAUGCAAUAAGUGUGUUUGUUUACCUCAUUGGCCAGAUUGUUGAAGAAAUUGAUAGGGUUCCUUCAUUCUCAGUGGUAGUGAACACGUCUUUACCAGUUGGAGCUGGUUUGGGAUCAUCAGCAUCAUACUGUGUUUGCCUUUCCACAGCUCUUCUGGCAGUAACAGGAAAGAUUUCACAACCCUCAAUGAUGAGAUCCAUUCUAGGUGAUGAGAGAGAGCUAUGCCAAAAUGAAAUGGCAUCUCUGUCUGUUAAAGACCUGGAGUUAAUUUGUAAGUGGAGUUUAGAGGCAGAAAAGCUUGUUCAUGGAAAGCCAUCUGGAAUUGACAACUCAGUUUGUACAUAUGGAGCAGUUCUUACUUUCCAAGAUGGAACGAUUGAGCACUUGUCAAGAAUUCCACAGCUCAGGGUCUUGAUAACAGACACAAAGAUACCCCGCAGCACAAAGAAGUUAGUGGCAGGCUUAAGGGACAGAUGUCAACAGCUUCCUUCUGUUUACAAUCCUUUGUUUGAUGCUGUUGGUGCUAUCGCAGAAGAGAGCUGUGUGUAUCUUGAGAAGCUGUAUCAAAUCCAAGCAGCUUCACCACCGGAAGAAGAAAACUCUCAAGAGCACUAUUGUAUGUUUAAGAAACUUAUUGACUUGAACCAACAGUUGCUUGUGACAUUAGGAGUUAGCCACAGUUCAUUGGACCAGGUGUGUCACGUGACCGCUAAACACGGUUUGCACUCCAAGUUGACUGGAGCGGGCGGCGGAGGAUGUACCUUUACACUUGUCACGCCAGGUACCAGAGAACUGUCCGUGUCUUCAGUCACUCACGAACUGACCACUAUUGGUUUUGAUGUUUGGGAUACUUGUCUUGGCGCGCAGGGUGUUACCUUGUCGCGCACCCCACCCACCCAUCCCUCGCAAUAGAAUCAAGAUGUUGUCUCAGUCGAUCGGAAGUUCUGGCCCGAACUCAGGCGUGUCCUCGGCAAUUUUACCCAGGUCAGAGGCUUUAUGCAGGAGUAGUCACAUCCGGGUACCACAGCUUAUCGUGCAGCCCUCAGCCAGCCAACCACUGCGUCCCAUUCCCCUCUUAGAUCUUGGGACAAUUCAUUAAUUGUUGCAACGGUUACAAACAUGAAGACCAACUUGAGGAAUUUGACCACGCUUUGUGAUAUACUGGUGGGUGUUUUAUUUCUUCUUCCCACGUGUGGGAACAUCUCGUUGCUGUACGUGUCUUCGAUGGUCUUUUUGGCUCCAGACCAGGCACCAGGCCCCAUAAGGCGGUAUUGAGCCGCACAGCAAGGCCCGAAAUAGCACUUGAAGGCCAGUAGAGGGUCUCUGAAAAAGAGUCGUCUGAAGUCUGGUUUACAGCCAAUAAUUUCCGCUAGUUGGUCCUUGUACGGAAUACUGGAUACCUUAAAAAAAAAGGAGAUAAAGAUGAGCGAGAAUUGUAUUUAUCUUUGAUGAAAAGUACUGAACACAUUUUGUGAACAUUUAGAACAUAAAAUAGUCUAAAAUAAAUGAAACAAUACUCUUCACCGUAAGUUUAAGGGUUAUUUAAAAAGGGAACGGACUCAGCUUUUAGUGAUCUGACUCUCGUCUCUAGAAGAAUUCCUAAGAAAGGGUUGUGGUCUUGAAACACUUUUUCGAAUUCGAGCCACAUUUUCACAACGUGCUUUAUCAUGCCAUUCAUUACCCAUUCAGGUGUAGGAUUUUAUCUCCAUGUAACUCUCAAGUUCUUUCAAUUUAUUAUCCAAAAAAAUUGUGACAGGAAGAACUACUGAACAGAUUUUGGAAGUUGAAGGGACAGGAGGAAAAGAGAUGGUUCCUCU